CAGGCUUGAGGGAAAAAUGGCAGCGUACCUACAGUGGAGGCGAUUUGUGUUUUUCGAUAAAGAAACGGUGAAAGACCCGAGUGAAAAUGGGAAGAAUUUCCAACUACCUUUGGGUAUAUCGGCCUGUGAUUCCGGCCGAGGACACAUUGUGCUUGGUGAUAUGGAUGGCCAGAUCUGGUUUUUGAGCCGCUCCCUGCAGCUAUCUAGCUUUCAGGCUUAUAAGAUGCGUGUGGCACACCUGUAUCAACUGAAACAGCACAACAUCCUGGUGUCAGUGGGGCAAGAUGAGCCAGGCAUCAAUCCUCUGGUGAAAGUAUGGAACCUUGAUAAGAGGGACAGCGGCAGUCCUCUGUGUACUAGGAUUUUCCCUGCCAUCCCUGGAAACAAACCCACAGAAGUGUCUUGUCUCAGUGUACACGAAAACCUUAAUUUCAUGGCCAUUGGUUUUACAGAUGGCAGUGUGGUGCUGACUAAGGGUGACAUCACCAGAGACAGACACAGUAAAACUAUCAGCCUCCACGAGAGCAACUGUCCAAUCACGGGGCUGGCUUUCCGUCAGGCUGGCAAAGUCACACACCUAUUUGUUGCUACGUUGGAAAAAGUACAGUGUUACACGUUGUCAGUGAAAGAGUACCCUCGUAUUGAACUGGACACGCAUGGCUGCCCUCUCCGCUGCUCUGCGCUCACAGACCCCUCCCAAGACUCACAGUUCAUAGUGGCUGGAGAUGACUGUGUAUAUUUGUACCAGCCAGAUGAGAGAGGACCCUGCUUUGCUUUCGAUGGGCAUAAGCUUCUGGCUCAGUGGCACAGAGGAUACCUCAUGCUGCUUACGCACAAAAACAAGUCACCCAGCAAAUCUGAUUAUGGUAGCAGAGAGACAUCCCCCACAGAAAAACACAUCCUUACAAUUUAUGACCUGGACAACAAGUUCAUUGCAUAUAGUGCAGCAUUCGAUGAUGUCAUUGACGUUCUGGCAGAGUGGGGGUCUUUCUAUGUCCUAACGAGAGACAGAACAAUGUAUAUGCUGCAAGAAAAGGACACACAGACCAAGUUAGAGAUGCUUUUUAAGAAGAACCUGUUUGUGAUGGCGAUUAACUUGGCUAAGGGUCAACACUUGGAUAAUGAUGGUCUUUCUGAGAUAUUUAGACAGUAUGGAGACCAUCUCUACAUUAAAGGAGAUCAUGAUGGCGCUAUACAACAGUAUAUACGCACCAUUGGGAAGCUUGAACCAUCGUAUGUAAUCCGAAAGUUUUUGGAUGCACAGAGAAUACAUAACUUGACAGCGUACCUACAGGCUCUCCAUAGGCAGUCUCUGGCAAACGCUGACCACACUACUCUGCUGCUUAACUGUUACACCAAACUGAAGGACAGCUCCAAACUGGAGGAGUUCAUAAAGUGUAAAGAAGGUGAGGUGCAUUUCGAUGUUGAGAUCGCCAUCAAGGUGUUGCGCCAGGCUGGCUAUCACAGUCAUGCCGUGUUUCUGGCAGAGAGACACGUGCAUCAUGAAUGGUAUCUGAAGAUCCAGCUUGAGGAUUUGAAGAAUUAUCAGGAGGCUUUGCGCUAUAUAGGAAGGUUACCAUUUGACCAGGCAGAGAGUAAUAUGAAGCGUUAUGGUAAAACUCUGAUGCACCAUGUGCCUGAGAGCACCACCAUCCUCCUAAAGCGCCUCUGCACAGACUAUCACCCCAUUAAAGACUCAACUGACCGUGACAGUCUCGACAGGACUGUGGGGAACAAGGCCAGUCCAGAGGAUUUCAUUCCUGUCUUUGCCAAUAACCCACGAGAACUGCGAGCGUUCCUGGAACACAUGAUAGAGGUGGAUCCGUUGUCUCCUGAGGGAGUUUACGACACUCUGCUAGAGCUUAGACUACAGGACUGGGCGCAUGAACAGAACCCAGAGAGGAAGAAGGUCCUGCAGGAUGCAGCAUUGUCCCUGCUGAGGAGUGACAACACUGUGUUUGACAAGGCCCUGGUCCUUUGCCAGAUGCACAAUUUCAAAGAAGGAGUGCUGUAUCUUUAUGAAAAGGGCAUGCUGUACCAGCAGAUCAUGCAUUACCACAUGCAAAACGAGGAAUAUGGGAAAGUUGUAGAGGCUUGUAAGCGCUAUGGGGACAAGGAGGUGUGUUUGUGGGAACAAGCGCUGGGCUAUUUUGCACGCAAAGAAGAAAAUUGCAAGGCCUAUAUUAGCGAAGUCCUGAAGCACAUUGAUAAAAAUAACCUGAUGCCUCCACUUCUGGUGGUGCAGACCUUGGCCCAUAACUCCACAGCCUCACUGUCAGUCAUAAAAGACUAUUUGAUAAAUAAACUGGAGAGAGAGACACAACAGAUUGAGGAAGAUGAAAGUAAAAUUAGACAGUACAGAGAGGAGACGGCCCACCUCCGUGCCGAGAUACAGGAACUCAAAUCCUGUGCAAAGAUUUUCCAGAAGACCAAGUGCAGCAUGUGUAACAGCCCACUAGAGUUGCCAUCUGUGCACUUCCUGUGCAGUCACUCCUUCCACCAGCACUGCUUAGACAGCUUCGCUGAGAGUGAGGCAGAAUGUCCCACUUGCACCCCUGAGAACAGGAAGGUUAUGGAUAUGCUUCGCGCACAAGAUCAGAAACGAGAUCUGCAUGACCAUUUUAACAGACAGAUGAAAUGUUCUAACGAUGGCUUCUCAGUCGUUGCUGACUAUUUUGGCCGGGGAGUGUUUAACAAACUCACUCUGAUAACGGAUCCUCCCGGAGGCAAGAGUGGAGCUGGGAAUCUGGAGGCUGAAUUUCACAGAGAUCUGCUCAUAAACACCAAGAGGAAUGCUUGAGAGCUGGACUGCAAUUUAAAUGAAGCACCCCUGAGAAAAGCUGAUCUAGGGUCAGAUAUCUGACUUUCCACAGUGGUCUUGGUCUAUAUGUGCAAAACAUAAAGCUGAUCCAGAAACAGGUCUACGCUAAUUUUAACACCCUUAAAACAAAUCCAGAUAAACCCCCUCACCUCCUAUGAUUCUGAUCUGUAUACAGGCUGGAUAGUAGAGCAAGAUUGUAGUUCUUGUUGGAUGAUUUAAUAUAUCUAUUCUGCAAGAGCAGAUCAACAUAGAGGAAAUAGAGAUAACAUCAAGGAUCAAAAACAGGACUUUGAGGGUAAAGAUAAAGUGCAAGUAAUUGCAGUUCUACACUGUUAUCUUGACAUUUUCAAGCCUAAAAUUAAACUUGCACAGCUGUUUUGUAGCCCUUGAUGAGUUAUUUGUGAGAUGUAAAGUAUUGCAGCCCUUCAUUAUUGCAGAUAUGUUACUUAGAAAGAUUUUGCUCGCAAGUCAACGAAUAAACUAUAAUCAAUGUCAAACGCCUGUUAAAAUGUACAUGUAAUUAAUUUAAACAUAUGUAAAACACAUUAUUGUUCACUAUGUAAUUACACUUCUUAGAUGUUUGAUCUGAUUGUUCUUAAUUUGUCAUGUAUAAAUAAAAGUCUUACUAAUACACUG